GUUUCCCGAGCGACAAUUUCUUCUCUCUUUUUCAGUUUUUCUCAUUUGUGUGAGUGAGAUUCUUAUUGGGGUGUCGAAGAUGGAAGAUGGAACUGUUUCUUCUCUUAAUAAUAACAUCAAUGGCAGUUAUGUUCUGGACAUUUACCCUCUCAGCGGUUACCACUUUGGAUCCAAAGAAGCCAUUCCAAACAAAGAUGAAACCUUAGCUGAUCGUAUACAGAGGUUGAAAACCAACUAUGCUACCAACGGUUUGAGGACCUGUGUCGAAGCUGUUAUCCUGGUUGAACUGUUUAAACAUCCUCAUUUGUUGGUAUUGCAAGUAAGGAACUCUUUCUAUAAGCUCCCUGGUGGCCGCUUAAGACCUGCUGAAUCAGACAUCGAUGGGCUGAAGGGCAAACUUUCAAGCAAGCUCUCUGUUAAUGAAGAUGUCUUGGACAAUGACUGGAAGAUAGGAGAAUGCCUUGGAAUGUGGUGGAGGCCUGAUUUUGAAACUAUACUUUUUCCAUAUUUACCACCAAAUACAAGAAGGCCCAAGGAGUGCACAAAACUCUUUCUUGUGAAGUUACCAGCUAAUAGGAAGUUCAUUGUACCAAGAAAUAUGAAAUUGCUUGCUAUUCCACUGUGCGAAAUUCAUGGAAAUCACAAGACAUAUGGUUCAAUAAUUUCAGGAGUUCCAUUGCUGUUAUCAAAAUUCUCCUUCAACAUCAUUGAAGGUUGAAUCGGAACUCUUCAUCAAAUUAUGCAGAUAAAGAGCAGAAGGAUUCAGGAAUCAAUUAUAGAUACUGAAUGCAUUGUCAAGAAAUCUUAUAGUCAGGUGUUUAAAUAUCUAUCUUUGAUCUCAACAAUACAGGUCAUAGCCUUGUCAAGGUGGUUGUUUCUACUUCUGUAUGAAUUUCAGACACUGAAGCUAACAAUGUAAAAAUGUUUGUCUCCA